UGCCAUGCCCGCAAUAACAUCCGUCCGCCACCUCGGGGACUUUAGCGACAUGUUCACGAGCAUCUACCUGCUCGUCUUUGGGCUUGUGAUCGUUCCCUUGACGCUGUACGUGGCCUUCCGUGGGAUUCUCGCGCCGAAGCUGUCGGCGCUCGUCGCCGCCAUCUCCAUCUGCUUUGUUUUCGCCUACUCGAUUGAGUUCAUCAGCGAAGUCGCUUACUACUUGGGCUUGGCCGCGAUUCCAGCGCUUGCGAUUGUGAUUUGGAUCGUCGAUGGGGCGAGUCCCGUGCUGGUGGCGGCGGCGCUCCCGCUGCAUGCCGUGUAUACAAUCUACUCCAUGUUCCUCGUCCAAACCGUCACCGAGCCCAGCGGAUCCAUCUACUUUGGCGUCCCUGGCGCGACCUCUUGGGUUACGUGCCUCUUUGUGGCCAUCUUUCUCGCCAUUUCCACCGGCUUCUUCAUGGUGUACGCCGACGCGGAGCCCCAGCGCCAGCUGUACAUUUGGUCGUCCGCCUCCACGGGCAGUUUCUUUGCUGUGCAUUACGUCGGCGCUGCCUUGUCCGGCCCGCUAGUGGUAUCAUCCUCCGACUACUUUAAAAUCUUCGCAUUGCGCCCGUGGAUUGCCUGGCCCGCGGCGGUGGUGCUAGCCGUCGUGGCGGCGUACACCCAAUUCCACACCAAAACACCGCAGGGUUCGUCUCUUGCAAUCAACCACGAACUCCAGCCAUUGGUCACCCCAGCUUAAAACGGUUCACGUGAAGAAUUGAACGUGGUAGAAAUGGUAUUGUCAAAUCAUUAGCUAAACAAGACGCAGUCCUAGGAAUUCUGCAAAACUAACUAUUCCUAUAGUAGUAGUACUACGUAGUACAUACAGUACUACUCGGAGUAUGUAUGCAUUGGGGGGGCUUUUCAUAGUACUAACAGUAAGCUUAUU